AAAGUUUUUGGAUCUCUGUAACUUUGUUCUUUCUCCCUCGGCUUUGGCAGUGGUAGACCAAUUGAAGAAGAUGAUUCAGCUCUUUUUUACGGUUAUAUUCUCAGAGAUGGCUUUGAUUAUGAUCCUUUUGUUUAAAACCCCUAUAAGGAAGCUUGUGAUCAUGGGUUUAGAUCGGGUGAAAAGAGGGCGUGGGCCUGUGAUGGUGAAAACUGUUGGAGGAACAGUUUUUGUGGUCUUAUUGUCGAGUGUUUACAGCAUGAUGAAGAUCCAAAAGCGUUCCAUCGAUGCCGGUGCUUCUAAUCCGACUGAUCAAGUUCUCAUGGCUAAGCAUCUUCUCGAAGCAUCGCUUAUGGGAUUCUCCUUGUUCCUGGCUUUGAUGAUAGACAGACUACACCAUUAUAUUAGGGAAUUGCGCUUGAGAAGGAAGGCUAUGGAGGCCGUGAAGAAACAAAGCCGAGGUUUUGAGGAUGAUGGGAAGAAUGGGUCUUCGGAGGAAAUGAAAGCCUUGGAGGUAGAGGUAACCAAGUUGAGAGCAAAGGUUAAACACCUCCAAUCUGAAUGUGAGACAAAGACGGAAGAGGCCAAGGCUGCAGAAGCAAAUGCAAUGGCUUUGAGGAAGCAGUCAGAAGGGUUCCUUCUUGAAUAUGAUCGCUUGUUGGAGGACAACCAAAGCCUUAAGAGCCAGUUGGAAUCAAUUGACCCAAGGUAGUCACAUUCUGAU